AUGGAUAGUAGUUCUCAGUUGCAUUUUGCUAAAAGUUUAAUUGGAAAAGACGACCUAACUGAUGAAGACCUUGUUGAAGGGUUUGUUUUUUUACAGAUUUUAUCCCUGAUAGUGCCAUCAUCUGUAAAUUUGUCAUGGUAUACUACAGAUGCAGCAAUGAAAUGUACAAAUCUUCCUUUACGCAAUCAUACAGUAUUGGCGAAAAGUCUUGACAGUAUUUGCAAGGCAUCAUCUUACCCAUCUAUCCAAGAUACUCUUAAAUCAAUCUCACAGCAAGUUUUACAAAAUGCAAAAUCUGGAGAUAUCGAUGCAUGCCAUACUCUUCUCAAUAUACUGUGUAGCGCGUAUUGCGCAAUGAAUAAUAUAGACACUUCCAAGAAAGUUGAACCACUUGAUGGAUCGGGGAAUUUGGACUUGAUGGAUCAAGAUGAAAGCAUGACUAUCAUGGAACCUCAAAUGCUAGAGGUGAAAGCAAGCACCAAUAUAAGAAGUUUGGAUGAUGAAACGUAUAUUUGUGCAGAGCCGACAUUUAGACCACUUGUACGAUGGAUUGUAAACAAAACUAUUCAGGUCAUUCAAUCCAAAACAAAGCCGAUUCAUUCACUUGCCAAUAACCUUGAAUCUAUUUUAGCCGAAUUGAGCAAUUCAAGCUGUCUAACGCUGUCUACAAAUACAUUGAAUCUUCUUUGCUCUACUCAAAUGUAUAGUAUAUUGACGUUUUCUCUAUUUGAUUCCACGCCCUUAUCAGAUAGUCAUACACUUGAAAUUUUGGGCUCUGGUGUCAAUCUUCAUGCGGAUCUAAAGUUUCUUGAAAUAUUAAUGACAAACGGAUACCUGCACUUUCAGCAUAGUCUGAUGGAUUCCCUUCGAGAUAUCAUUUGUGAUCAAGCCCCGUUUUACGAAUCAAUUCACGCCAACAUCAUUUCAGCCCUGCUGUCAGCAAGUUUACGUCACAUCGAUAUAGCAACUGUCGUCAACCAUCUUACACAUAAUUUUACGGAAUACAAUCCAGCAUUGAUUUACCCAUAUGAUCUUGAAGAUGCGAUGUUGGUAUGGGCAAACCAAUGCAUAGUCUCUGUGCAGAAGCAUCAAUCAUCACCGAGUAAAAGUAUUACGACAUCAAAUGGCACAUCCUCCGACAUGUCUGACUUGGACGAUAUUGGAAAAGAUACGUUUGAUGGUCGUGUAAUCUGUCUGAUUUUAUCCAGAUACUACCCAACCCAAUUCAUGGUACAUGAGCAUACCGUCAAAUGGAAAUCCAAGCUUACAACUGCGGAUAUUGUGCUCAACUGGUCGAUUAUUUCAAAAUUCACGCAGUCUAAUUUGGGUAUUGACCAGCCACUUCUGAUGCCAUUAGACAUUGAAGCUAUUCAGACUCAACGAACAGAUUCAUCUAUGGGUGCAGCCAACUCUUCAUUAUGCACGUUGUUUGUUUCGCUAUUGGUUGACGUGUUCAAUGCGUGCACAACACAAAAGUUUGCUGAUAAAGUGGAAAUAGCGACAACAGUCAAGCGUAUAUCAAUAUCUAGAACCAAACUACGUGAUCGACCCUCUUUGAAAUCUGCUGAUUCUGAGUCUGGAGUCAAGGUCGAUGUUCGACCGCAGAAUAAUGCGUUUGAUAAAAUACAAAGAAUGGAUUCUGCAGUGAGCAAUGUUUUGAAUACAAAUGAUGUAGAACAUGUCCCAUUCAACGUCUCAAAUACUUUGACUGUAAUGAGAUCAGACGUGCCUACAGUAACAGAUCAAUUAACUCAAAAUACAAAGCUAUUUGCAAAAGAUAGUGAAUCAAGCCAGCUACAUGCUUCUCAAUCACAACCAAAAUCUACAUCCCCAAAGAUCCGUCCAAAAAAGCCAUCAAUGCAUCUAGUGAAAACAAUGCAGCAAAGCAAACUUGAACUUUUAACUGUCAAAAAUAUUCAAAAUGGGUCAAAAGAUCAGUCUUUAACAUCUCAAUCCAAAUCAUGCAAAGAGCUUCGCACUAGCACACCAAUAUCCAACUCAUUUUUGCCAUCAAUAUACAAUCCCAUACCACAAUCUGACCCAUCUACAUCUACCACUAGUAUGAUAUCAAAACUUCCCGCGUCAGCAAACUCUACUUCAACAUCUUCGAGUUCACAUAGACAAAAACUAGACGGGGUGAUCCUGCCACCACUUGAACAUAGCCAUAGCGAAAGUAUGGUAGCUAAAAGCAAUCCAUCAUUUUCUCAAUUUAUUACACCGCAACAGUCAAUAAUAGAUGGGAAAAAGGUGGCAGAAAAGGUAUUGGUUGCUGUUCAACAAUCAACACCGAGGUUGCCGUCGCGUAAUGAUGUUCAUUUGCCAUUCAUUGAAACUACUCAUAGCUUAGUUGAAAAAGCCCCAAAUAGCUCAAUCGAAAAUGCUGGCAGUGUCUAUGAACCAAUUCAUAAAGUUUCUGGCUCUAUCCCGUUAGAGUCUUCAGGCAACAUACUCGAGUCUCAUGCUACUCAUGACGAUGCGACAAUCAAGUAUCUAGCCAAAGAUGAAAACAAACAGCAAGGCAAAAUUGUCACACAAUCACAGCUUUGCGAAUUAUUGGUUGAUGAAGCUGAUCAAGAAUCGCAUUUUACAGACAAUCAAGAAGAUAUCGCAAGCUUGACUAUGAGUCAGAUGCCAGAGCUCAAUCAGUAUGACAGCAUUUCUCAAGUAGAAUAUUAUCAGCAUGCAUCCAAUCAAAGUGUAUAUGAGGAUAACAACUGUUUUGACAAGCAUCAAUACGUUCAAUCAGAUACUGAAGAAAUGGACCCAGAAUUUGACAAUGAAUUCAAAAAUGGUUCUGAAGAUAGACAAUCUGAACAAGAAAUGAACCAGUACCAAGCAGCACAAAUCUCGUCUGCAUGCAAAAGGGAUUGCAUUUCUGAUGAAUCUAGUUCAAAGCCAAACAAAUAUACACACCCCUAUAUAGGACAAACUCCACAAGAUCGUUCUGCCCAGUCGAUGGCAUCAUCUACGUAUAAGAAUGAGCAAGAGUAUACAGAGCCUUACGAUUCCUUAACUAAUAUAUCCGAAUUGAACAAAAAAUCAGACAACAAACAGCUCUUGCAAAAAAGUGACCAAAAUCCAAAUGCUCGCUCGUGUACAACCCCAUUUGCUUUUUCACUUGACUCAACAGACACAGUUAAAAAGUCGGUAUAUGACGAUAAAGUUAAUUUUGAUCAGCCAGAGGCAGUAGGUAUAAGUAAUGCAGCUGAGCCACCAUCAUUACACGAGAAGAAGGGAACGGCGAUAUCAGCUCGUGUAGAAAGCUUUCUACCACAGUCGCAAAUGGAUGCUAGUCCAAAAUAUACUAAAUCAUUUCCACCUUCUACUCCACCUACUAAACUACGUCCAAGAACUGGGCUAAAAUCGUUCCCGCUUCUCGAAGCUACUCAACCCGAAGCGAAAACACACGAAAGCGUGACCGAUACAAUGGUACCUUUUGAUCAAUCUAUUCAAGAGACAUCUGAAGAGAAAAAUACAGUAGAUCAUGUAGAUGAACUUACAGCUGCUGAAAAAUGGGAACGAGUUAAAAAAUCCAAAGGUAUUUCUAGCAACUCGACAGAACCAGUUCCGGGAAAAACAGAAAUGAAAUCAAGUUUGACAAAGCUGGAUCAGAUUCAAAAGCAAAAGGCUGAGCGAGACCAAAUUCGAAAAAAGUUGAAGCAAGAGCGUGAAAAGACACUCGAGGUUGCACGAAAGGAGCAAGCGGAAUUACAACUAAAGCGUAUGGAAGAGAAAAGUAUGCAGAGACUAACUUCAAAAGUCGCGGAUAAUGGCACUAUUGAAAUAAAGCAUGCCAGUUCUUUACCAUCCGAGAUUACUCCAGCAAACCCCAAAUCUUGUGGUUCAGCAUUUGGCACUUCAAAACAUCCAAUCAAGAGAGCAAUCAUCAAAGUACAAUCGAAUCGAACACUCAUCAAGAACGCUCUUAUGCAUGUGUGCCUAGCUGGCUCAGCAAAUGAAAGCACAAAGCAAGAAGUCAUGGAGGACCUUCACGAUUCACCUGCUCAGCAUUUUGUGAUUAUAUUCAAAGAUGUCAACAACUUUUCUUUUCGUGGACUAUACUCAUGGGACGCAGUGCUUGAUCAAACUCUCAAAGUAUAUGCUGGUGCUUUGGGUAGAAAUGUACUAGACCCAUCUCAAGUGCUGGAGUUUUACAAGUAUGACAGUGGAGCGCGCACAUUCAAGCCCGUAGCUACCAAGAGUUUUGGUCGAAGUGUACACGCAGUGGCUGUUGGUCGCGACUUUCUCAUGUGA